CACAACUAACACGUCCGGACUGCCAUUGAAAUCACCAUGGCAGACGCUGGCGGCACGCGACUCCGCAAGAGGAUGGAGAAGCUGGCCAAAAACGCAAAAACGGACGCAGCUCAAGCCAAGGAAGAAGCCCCGAAGAAGGAAUCGAAGAUCGGCAUUGUCCGCUGGCUGGUUAAUGUCGUGGGCACUGUAGCGAUUGGCGCGCUGCUCUAUAGGCCACUGGAGAAGUUUUAUGCUGACUGGAGCGGCCGCCUGGGAAUUACUUCCCCCCAACGGUUCGAUGGUUUGAACGGCGAGCCAGCUAAUCUGGUCGCGGACGUCGAGAAGCGCGACGCUGUCGUGAAGGCCUUCCAGUGGGCAUGGCAUGCUUAUGAGAAGGACGCCAUGGGGUACGAUGAAUAUCACCCACUGAGCCACACUGGCUCGAACCUUGGGGGCGGGAAUGGCAUUGGCUACACGGUCGUCGACUCCAUUGACACAAUGCUUCUCAUGCACCUGGACGAUGAAUACAAGCGCGCUCGGGAAUGGGUUGCCAAUAACCUUUCGUUCGACCAAGAGGGACAGUUUUCGACCUUCGAGACUACCAUUCGUGUCCUUGGCGGCUUACUGUCGGCUUACCAUCUAUCUGACAAGGACCCAUUGUACCUUGAGAAGGCUGUUGACCUCGCGGAACGUAUGCUCCCGGCCUUCGAUACUCCUACAGGCCUACCUCUUCCUCGGGUCAACCUCAAGCAGCGCAAGGGCGAGGAGGACCCAGACAACAAAGGCCUGAUCAGUACCGCUGAGGCUGCGACGUUGCAACUCGAAUUCAAGUAUCUUGCCCACCUGACCGACAACGACGAGUAUUGGCGGAAGGCUGAGCAAGUUAUGCGCGUCAUCAAGGACAACAUGAUCCCUCAGGGUGUGCUGCCCAUUUUCAUGUCGGCAGAGGGUGGUCAAUUCCUCGCGACUCCCAUCCGGUUGGGGUCCCGCGGUGAUUCCUACUACGAGUAUCUCAUCAAGCAGUAUCUGCAGACGGACGGCAUCGAAGAUGUUUACCGCCAGAUGUACGCAGAUGCCAUGACGGGCAUUCACAAGACCCUGGUUUCGAGGAGCAUGGGCAGCAACCUGCUCUACACCUCGGAGCUUGUGCCGGAGCGAAACGCGCAGGGCAAUGUGCAAUGGCGUCUGGUCCCUAAGCAAGACCAUUUGGUGUGCUUCCUGGGCGGAUCGCUCAUGUUGGGUGCGGUCACCGCGGAAGCGCUCACAGACAACGUGUCCGUACCGCCUCGUCCAGACGAGCUCACGGAAGCCGGCCAACGCGACUGGCUGACGGGCGUGGAGCUGGUAAAGACCUGCAUGGCCACGCAUGACACGCAGACAGGUCUCUCGCCGGAGAUUGUGCAUUUCCGCAUUCCGAGCGACGGUAUUCGCCAGCAGGGCGUGCCCGAGGACUGGUACAUCAAGGGCGCGGCCGUUGGAAAACCCGCUGUAUAUGACGCUCGGUAUAUUCUUCGCCCCGAGACCGUGGAGAGUCUAUUCAUCGCUUGGCGCCUGACCGGCGACCGCCGGUACCGCGACUGGGGCUGGGACAUCUUCCAGGCGAUCGAGACGCACUGCAAGCUGGAUAGCGGCGGAUAUGCGGGCAUCCUCAACGUGGACGACGUGCACUCGCCGAAGGACGAUAAGAUGGAGACGUUCUUGAUGAGCGAGACCCUGAAGUAUUUGUAUCUUCUGUUCGACGAUGCGAGCACACUGCCGUUGGAUGAAUAUGUGUUCAACACGGAGGCGCAUCCUUUGCCGAUUUUCCAUCCAUCGCUACGUACAGGGUUCGCGUAGUGUGGGGUACUUGACUCCUGAAGGACAGAAAAGAAGAAAAUAUUUUCUUGUACCGAGUGAUCCAACGAGCCAUGCCAUGAAAGACGGAAAGCGCAGUACGAUACAUAUUGAGUGGACACUCGACUAGUCGCUGUCGCUGAAUGUUACAUGGUCCUCUUCCUCCUGCUCCUCUUCCCUUGUUCUCUCGUACUGACUGAUAUCGACGGAUAUACCACCUUCUUCCACCAGCGACUCGUCCUCCAGAUUCUUGUUCUUCUCGAACAGUUGCCUGCCUGUUGAACAGUCAACGCGUAAAGCAGAAAGAAGUUGGGCUACUAACCGCUCAGUCGUCCCUGGAUCCGUUUGUACUCUUCGCGCUCCUUCGGCGUCAUGGCCUUUAGCUUUUCCUCCUCGG